AGGUAUUUGAAGGAUGUGCUCGUGUGCAACAUGAGCAGGAAGUGUAUAUAAAAGAAAUCAAUUUUUUUCCUCUUUUUUAUACAGUCAUCUCUUAUUUUUAAUUACAUUUUGUAAUCCUUCCCAUUCAUUUCAAUUGAACAGUUAUCAACAAAAUUAUUGCAUAGCAUGAUUAAGACUCACUUGGUAUUGUUCACUAUUGCUAUUGUUGCUUGUUUGUUUUCAACAAUUGAAGCUGCAAAAUCUAACAAGAAAACAUGGGCAUUCCAUAACUGGAAUAAAUAUAAAAAAGCUACUGUUGGUAAGCCCACUGUUUGGGAUGCUGCUUGGGGAAUUCCUGAACACAGUGGUUGGCUUUGGUUCUGGCAAGGUGCUGAGAAAAACAAAAAUGUCCUCGUUACCGAUCCCUCUAAAAAGACAAAAGAUCUUGUGCUUCGUGUCAAAUAUCCCAAGAACAGUAGAAAUCCCGAAGCUAGUCCCGUUGGUGGUCUUGGAUUCAAGGCUGAACCUCUCACUAUUACUAACAAGGUCAAGACUGUUACACUUCAAUACAGUGUUUAUUUUGAUAAAGGAUUUGACUGGAAUCGAGGUGGUAAGCUUCCUGGUUUGUUUGGUGGCCAUGGUGAAUGUACUGGUGGUGAUGAAUCCUCUAAAUGCUUCACUACUAGAAUCAUGUGGCGCCACAAAGGUGAAGGUGAAAUUUAUGCCUACUUACCGUCAUCAGCUCAAAGAUUGUCCUUGUGUGAUAACAAGGCCAAUAUCUGUAAUCCUGAUUAUGGCUACAGUUUGGGCCGUGGCUCUUUCAAAUUCGCUACUGGAAAAUGGACUACUGUUCGCCAAACACUUACUAUGAAUACUCCUGGAAAGAAAAACGGUUCUCUUUCUUUGUAUAUCAACGGUAAACGUGUGAUUAAUGAAAAGAAUCUUGUUUUCCGUAUAAACAGCACUGGCCGUGUUGUUGGUAUCAUGUUCCAUACCUUCUUUGGUGGCUCAGAUAACAGUUGGAAAACUUCCAGAAACCAAUAUUCUUACUUCAAGAACUUUAGUCUCAAGCUUUCUUAAUCACAAUUAAACGUUUUCUUACUCCUUUUUUAAGGAAAAGGAGUAGAACAUCGACAAUACACAUUAUCGAUUAAUGUGAUUACAUACCCUUUUGUUAGACAAAACUUUUUUCAAAUUGAGAAAUAUAUUAAACUUUAGACCUUCUAUCCUUUUUUUUCGAUUGUUACUUUAUA